GCUUUGUUCAACCCAUACUGCAGACAUGGACAGACUUGUUGCACCCAGCCUCAGUUUUUAGCCUACAAAAACCAUUCCUCAAAACUCUACUCCUGCAUUCCCAACAGCCUCCUCCUGCCCUGCUAUCUACCGCAUGUCAGUACCUGUUCCCACUCGCUGGCACCUAUCCUGCCUUUUAACCCUGUAAAAAAGCCCUCUGUAGCAACUGCUGCUCCCUCUCCUGUUCCAUCCUCCAGCUCUUCUCUCCCUGAAGCCUCUACUCAGCCUGAAUCCUCUACUCAGCCGGACGCCAGCAUUCAGCCUGAUGCCUCUACCCAGCAUUGAUGAACUGAUUCAGCCUGACGAUCCUAUUAGGCCAGUUGACUCGAUGCCCGCUGUUGAUCCAGAUGAUCCGGUUACCUGAUCCGGUGCCUGCUGUCGUGCCAAUUGACUCGGAGCCCGCUGUCGUAACUGGUGAUGACUCGUGCCCCACUGCCUUGCCAGAUGACGCGGUGCCCGCUGGCGAGCCAAAUGACCUGAUGCCUGGUGACCCAGUGCCCGCUGUCAUACCUGGUGACCCGAUGCCCGCUGUCGAGCCAGACGAUCCAAUGCCAUGGUGACCCGGUUGCCCACUGCCUUGCCAGAUGGACGCGGUGCCCGCUGGCAAGCCAAAUGACCUGAUGCCUGGUGACCCAGUGCCCGCUGUCAUACCUGGUGACCGAUGCCCGCUGUCGAGCCAGACAAUCCGGUACCUGAUGACCCGGUGCCCACUGUCGUGCCUGUUGACUCGGAGCCCACUGCCUUGCCAGAUGACGC